AUGGCAGAUCAAACACCACUCUUCAAACAAUGUAUAAAUAUAAUACAAUCAGAAAUUAAAACAGCACAAAUAAAACCAAUAGAACAACCAAAUUAUAUCAUAAAAGAUACAUUCCUAAAAGAAUGUUUCGAAUUAUAUCAAAUCUUAACUAAUUUGAAUCAAUUCAUAAAUGAAAUCAAAUUAAAUUAUCUUGCAUUAAAUGAUGAUAAAGGAUUAUCAACAAUUGAGAAAGAUAAUAUCGAUGAAGAACUUCAAGUUAAAAUUCAACAAACAUAUAAAAAAUUAACCUAUUUGGAAAAUUAUGAAUCUAAACGAAAUGAACUUAUCAACAAACAUUCAAAUUGGACAUCUAUUUUCGGUGGUAAAUCUGAUCAGUCUAUUUAUUUUGAAACAUUAUCUUCUCACCGAAAUGCCAUGUUGAAAUUUUUAAUGGAGUGUGUUAAUUACGUGAAUUCAAAAUUUACAAAUAUUCAAAAUAAAAGACAUGUUAGAGAACGACAAAUCAAUUCAUUAAAUUUCCAAAACAUAGAUGAAGAAGAAGAAGAAAUGGAUGAUGUUCAAAUUACAAAUUUGGAGAGUCUUGAAGUAGAGAGAUCCGGGGAGUCAUAUUUUAGUCAAGAACAAUUGCAAGAGUUGGAGACUGAGAAUAAAGAGUUUCUCCAUAUGAAAACUAAUCAAUUGAAACAAGUUGAGAAAGUACAACAAUCUAUAAUGGAUAUAAUUAAUAUACAAAAUGAAUUAAGUUUUAAAUUACAAUCUCAAGGUGAUCAAAUUUCAAAUCUUAUUGACGUUCAUUCUCAAGUUGAAAUGGAAGUUAAAUCAGGUAAUAAACAAUUGAAUCAAGCUACAAAAAAGAAUAAAAGAAGUGCUAAUUUAUUAGUUAUGCUUUGUUUUAUAUUGGGUAUUUUAUUAGUAAUUAUAGAUUAUAUAAAAUUUAUUUAA